GUUUUGAAAGAAGCAGAGCCAUGUUGAUGCUCUUUUUAGAAUUUCUUGAUUAUUCAUUUUCAUUUUGUUGUUUGUUUGUCUGAUUACUUGCCAUGUUUGGAGGGCUUUGACUUGGGUGGUCAUGAGAAGAUUAUUAAAGAGGCUAAUGGGAUUAUAGGAAAAUAUCAUGAUCCUAUAAUUGAAGGCAGAGUUCAACAAUGGAAGGAUGGAAGCAAGAAGGAAGAAGAGGAAUUGCUUGAUGUCCUUAUUACUCUAAAAGAUGAUAAUGGCAAUCCUUUGCUAUCUACAGAUGAGAUUAAAGCUCAAAUUACAGAAAUAAUGUCAGCAACAGUGGAUAAUCCAUCAAAUGCGGUUGAAUGGGCAAUUGCGGAGAUGAUAAACCAACCAAAGAUAUUCGAAAAGGCAGCAGAAGAGUUGGAUAAAGUGGUUGGAAAGGAGAGACUAGUCCAAGAAUCCAACCUUUCACGGCUUAAUUACAUCACAGCUUGUGCAAGAGAAGCCUUUCGCCUCCACCCUGUUUCGCCAUUCAAUAUUCCUCAUGUCUCCAUUACCGAUACAACAGUUGCAAAUUACUUUAUUCCGAAAGGCAGUCAUGUUCUAUUAAGCCGAGUGGGUCUCGGCCGGAACCCUAAGAUUUGGGAUGAACCACACAAGUUCAAACCAGAAUGCCACAUCAAGAAUGAUGGGUCUGGAGUGACACUUACUGAGCCUGAUUUGCGUUUCAUUUCAUUUAGCACGGGAAGACGCGGCACAGGAAGACGGGGGUGUCCAGCGGUGACAAUGGGGACUUCGAUGACUUUGAUGCUAUUUGCUAGACUUCUUCAUGGAUUUACUUGGAACGUGCCUUCUAAUCAGACAAGUAUCGAGCUCAAAGAGUCCGAGAGUAGUUUAACACUUGCUAAGCCAUUGGUUGCACUUGUGAAGCCGCGCUUGCCUGCGUACGUAUAUGACCAAAUCAUGCAUGAUCAAUAAGAAAGGAGAUGUAUGGAAUU